CUACUGCACGAAUGAACGAAACGUCUGGGCUCUCCCUUCAGUCCUUCUGCUCUGGUUACGUGACACAACGAAGGUCACCAGAACAUAAGGAAGCAAGCAAAACUACCGGAAAUGACGAUUUCAUUACGUUCACAGUGCAGUAGAAAUACGUAAUACAAUAGCAAUCUUCCGUAAUAAUUUUUCCAGGAAACAUAUGUUGUUGUGUGGGGAAAAGGAAACAAAAAAUACUGGCACCAAUCGUGCCAUAUCCAUAGCAGUAAUAAUAGAAUCAAUUUGCACCUCUUGUGAAGCAUAUACAAUUCAUAACACGACAACCUUCUCUCCACGAAAAUGACCCGCUUGUUCCCCCCCGAAGAGGCAAACUCUUCCGUUCUGAGCGACGAAACCAUCCACGAGGCCCCCGAAGAAUUUGACAGCGACGACAUCAGUAGCAACGAAAGCGAGGACGUAAUGGAUGGGAUCGAUGACGACGAUGAAGAAGACGAUGAUUCAGACUGUAGCGCUUCCACCGUCUCRACGAGCCCAUUGUUGAAACUCAUCCCGACCGCGCUGGCGUCCCCACAGCAGCAGCACCGAUCGUCACUGCUGGACAACGGCAAAAGUGGAAUGCCCCUCCCCCCCGGGAGCCACCUUUCUGCGAACGAGCCCAGACCCGAAAAGGGAGUCGAUCGCCUCCUAUUAAUGGCUCGCUAUCCAAAUGCAGAUGAGUCWCAGAUCCAGCAAGCCCUGCAACGGAAAGAACUCCAACAACGUGCCGCCAAGAUCGCCGCCACAAAAAAGGCGCAACUCUUUCGGGAACAAAAAGACCUUGAGGAUGCCGAACGUUGGARGCUGCAGCAGGARAGAGAGCAGAAACAGCUUGAGCAGCUGCGGAACGAAUACCGGCAGCACCAACAAAACCAGGAGCUACAGMAAUUUCAACAGCAACAGCAACUCCAAUUCCACCAACAGAUCGAACAAUUUCAGAUGCAAUCUGCGCAGGCGUCUAACAACGGGAGUGGAGCAGAAAGAUUCGUUGGAACCACCGAGGAAGAGCGGGUGCAGGAAAACAGGUUAACAAAUUUGAAUAAUGACCAGCACCAUCCAAAGGGAAGUUUUGGCCACGCGGCCAGCCCCUCCAAGAAUAUUUUGCCAAAGCGAUCCCAGAGCGGAACAGACGAGGACGAAGAAGAGGAUCAGGAUGCCUCGUACAUGUGGGUGUCCGGUAUGGCUAGGAGCAGUUAUGAGUCCGAGAACAGCAACUAUCGCAAUAGCAAUGAUGGCGGAAGUAGUGGUGRKKACCACGCCGAUUACUACAGYMGGGCGGUGCUCUCAAAUUCAGGGGGCGAUACGGACGAAAGCGACGACGUUGAAAAAGCGGGGAAUUAUUUCUAUCAUCGUACCAAGAGCGGYGGCAGAGAAUCACCAAAUCACUCGCAGCGAUCGUCCCCCAUCCGAAAGAAUCUGCGGGAAAGCAUKAGCAAGGUUGCGAAGGCGUUCUCAAGCACCGCGAAAGCCACCCGCCCGGURCCCCUCGGCUCUUCCAUGGACCAUCCGGCCAAGACCGCCGCAGCCUCGAACUCGUCGGGUGACCACGGUGCCAACCGAAAUACAAGCAAUGCCCAUCAAGCACAUCAGCAGAAGUGGCAGCGGUUAAAUUCCGGAAAUAAUAUCGACGACACCGACGAAAACCUUCCCGAUACAGGCAGCAGCAGCUUUGACACGGACCGGGACCACAACAACACCAACAAGUACAGCGUUUCCAGCAGCACUAGUAGCUACUAUCGAAACGACCAGAGCAAACAAGUGAAAGGUUUUCACCAGUACAACGAUGGAGGCUUUGGCCACKCCGAUGACGAUGAGGAUGCCGAUUCAGAAAGGAAACGUCUAAACGGAUCUMGUUGCUGCGUAUGGAYGAAGCGCAACAAGCUGCUCGUGGUGAUAUUUUCAUUUCUUCUUUUGGUUGCAAUCUUAGCAACGGCCCUGAUGGUUGCAAAGAAGAACACCAAYCGCAGCCCCAUGUCAACGGAAAGUAGUCCUAGUGGUGACGAAAUGAUGGUGGACCUUCCCACUGAUUUCGRCAACRACUUAGAGAGCAACGACRCCGAUGGAAACAGCUUUMGCGGCGAGGGWGAGACAUCUACCGGCGAUAUUGCGGUUGCAACUCCCUGGGACAUGCCACGGGUACCUCCACCAUCGAUAGCUCCAGMAUCUUUUCCAACGGAAAACCAGAGCGAAUUUGGCGAGGGUAUUCCGUCACGGCCUCCCKUCCUUUCCCAGCCCACCGAUCAGCCCACGACGUCCUCCAGCGAAGUGCCGUUCCUGGAUUGGACCUGGGACGUCGUUGGUAGUGGCGAAACCAUCAUUAAGGGCACCCCCCAGAUCGACCAGCGGUUUGGGGAAUCGGUUGCGAUUUCCGAGGACGGAAACACCCUAGUGGUGGGCUCUCCCAACGCCCUGGGAUCCGGAAUCGUCCGCAUCUAUCAAAAAGACGCCGGAAACGACAACGGCGGCGAUUUUUCCUGGAAACCCAUCGAGUCGCUUCUCGGCCGCCAGCAGGGAGACGGCUUUGGGACCACUGUAGCCCUUUCCAAGGACGGAAGGGUUCURGCCGUCGGGGAACCCGAGAGUGACGGCAGUACCGGGGACAAGGCAGGGAAUGUGAGGACCUACGUCUACAGCCCCUUUGGGUACGUUUCCCGCGGGCCCGAUCUGGAGGGGACUGGCGCAACGGACCACUUUGGGCUCGGCCUUGCUUUGUCGGGAGACGGUAGCCGUCUGGCCAUUGGGGCCCCCUAUCAGGACAACAGCUUCGUUCAGCUAUCCACAGCUGCAAAACAGCGGGGAAGCGGCGAUCGCAUCGGGGGCGGCGGAUCGUCGUUGCGMAGUGGAAGCAACGGGAGCGUCGGUAGCAACGGUAACAGGCUGGUCUCCGGAGCGGUGAUCGUGUACGAGUGGUCCGAAAAGGAUCGGAAAUGGAUCCCCAUGGGUGCACCGUUGAUGGGGGAGAGCAACCUGGACUGGUUCGGAAAGAGCCUUGACCUCAGCAACGACGGAAGCCUGCUUUGCGUCGGAUCCCCACGAAAUAUUCAGUCCGGUGGGCACGUCCGUUGUUUCAAGGAAUCUGAGGAYUACGCAGUGCCUUCGUCGUCGGACGGAUCCAAACUUAUCGAAACCRAGUUUUCGGUGCGAUGGAAGCCCCUCGGAGACCCCAUUCGCAAUACGGAGCCACCGGUCCGCUCAGACGAUAAUUUCGGAGCAUCCGUUAGCGUCAGYACCGAYCCCACCSGCAAGAAGUACCGGGUGGCCAUCGGUGCCCCCGGCAAGAACGGAGCCAAUAGCGAAGAGAUCGACCGGGGCGAGGUGACGGUAUACGAAUUCAAUCCCGAAACUUCCGAGCGGGGUUGGAUCCGGCUUGGCAGGGAGGUGCUGACCCCACCUACCAACGAGGGGCGGGACUUUCGCAUGGGUCAUUCCCUGGAUCUUCACCACGACAAGCUUGUGGUUGGUAUGCCCGGGGCGGAUAUGGCAGAGGUAUUCGAAUUCGAGCRGGACAACUGGCGGUGGAUCCGCCAUCCGCGCCUCUUCGAAGGGGGCAACCGGUCGGGCUCGGCCGUGAACGAGUAUGGAGCCGCCGUAAGCAUGACCCCCUUUGGUGAUUUUAUUGUUGGGAGCCCCCUGGCGGGGGACGGAAAUGGUUCCGUUCAGGUUUAUCAGAGAGAUUGAAUCGGUUUUGAUUUGGUGCGAUAGAUUAUUUAUCURUCUGUGCCRUAGUGCUUUCUCCGCRUCCAUUGUUCUUUUUCAGAGAACGAUUUUGACAUCCAUUGAUUACACACAUACCAAUACCAAAACGAUACGAAAACGAUAGGACAUGGCAAGACACGGCAAGACAUGGCAAAAUUCGAAAACWAACAAAAAGCAAGAUGGGGUUGUUUUGCAACUCAAUCGCAAAAGGAACUAUCAGGAACAAUUCUAAUCAUGAAACCACAAAUAGUAUUUGCAUCAUUCAUAGUACGAUCUAGUCCUUCAAGUUAUUGUUAAUCUUAAAGCAUUGUG